AUGGGCAAAGACCACGACGUCCCCCAGCCGGGCCCUGCCCGCCUGGCAAAGGGCGCGGGCCCCGAUGAAUGGCUCGAGCAGGCCAAGCAAUGCAAGUACCUGCCCGAGGCCGACAUGAAGCGCCUCUGCGAGAUUGUCAAGGAGUGCCUGAUGGAAGAGUCAAACAUCCAGCCCGUCCGCACCCCCGUCACGGUAUGCGGCGACAUCCACGGCCAGUUCUACGACCUCCUCGAGCUCUUCCGCGUCGCCGGCGGCAUGCCCAGCGACACGCCCACGGCGCCCCUCACCCAGCCAGUCACCAUCCCCAGCACAAUCAACCCGGCCGACCUCGAGCCCCCCACCAGCAUCACAGACCCAAAAGUAAAGCGCAAGAUGAAGCGCAGCGUCAACGACCGCCGCAGCUUUGGCUCCGCCUCGGACGCCGACUCGAACAAGAACACGGUCGGCGGAAACGGCCAGCAAAACUUCAUCUUCCUCGGCGACUUUGUUGACCGCGGCUACUUUAGCCUCGAGACGUUUACCCUUCUCAUGUGCCUCAAGGCAAAAUUCCCAGAUCGCGUGACGCUAGUACGCGGAAACCACGAAUCCAGGCAAAUCACUCAAGUCUACGGCUUCUACGAAGAGUGUCAGACCAAGUAUGGUAAUGCCUCGGUAUGGAAGGCUUGCUGUCAAGUCUUUGACUUCCUGGCCCUCGCUGCCAUUGUCGACGGCAAAGUCCUCUGCGUUCAUGGCGGACUGAGCCCAGAGAUUCGAACACUGGACCAGAUCCGUGUUGUCGCCCGCGCCCAAGAAAUCCCCCACGAGGGUGCCUUUUGCGAUCUUGUGUGGAGUGAUCCCGAAGAGGUUGACACGUGGGCAGUCUCUCCUCGAGGUGCAGGCUGGCUAUUUGGAGACAAGGUCUCUUCUGAGUUCAACCACGUCAACGGCCUGCAGCUCAUUGCGCGAGCUCAUCAGCUAGUCAACGAGGGCUACAAAUACCACUUCAAAGACAAGGAUGUUGUGACUGUCUGGUCGGCGCCAAACUACUGUUACCGCUGCGGCAACGUUGCCUCCAUCAUGAACCUUGGGGAAGACCUCAAACCCGAAUUCCAGAUAUUUUCGGCCGUUCCCGAUCACAAGCGUGCGGUGCCUGCAGGCCGUGGAGGCCGAGGUGAAUAUUUCUUGUAAGAAACAGGGGGCGAGGGGGGUUUUCAAUAGAAGAUAAGGACGAGAGAAUCGCAUAUGAAAACGAGAUAGACGACGACGAUGACGACGAUAACAAAUAACAUGAUGGCGGAGGAAUGAGGGGGAUUGACAUGAGAGCAUGUCAAUGUAUAUAUACCCAUAUCCGCUGGCCUUGUUGCCACCCUUUCUUUUUGUUUUUAUUUCGCCGCAACGAAUGGACGAGGAGAAGCCGUUGAAUACCCCGGAGGCUGGUUGAGAGAAACUGAAGACAUGGCUCACUCUGUGUGAUGCUGUGUAUGGCGUGUAUUGUACGAUAUUGGAAAUGGAUGAUUGUGUUUUUGAAAGGGUAGUUUACAAGGGUGCGCAUGCAUUUU